AUGACCCUCUUUAACCCGACCUCGAUUCUCGUGGGAUUCGUCCUUCUCUACCUCUCGUCCUUUUUCAUCUUCGCUAUCGUCCGGAUCGCGACGGGAAUCUCCAUCCAGCGGAUCGGCUACUUUUCACUGCGCCGAAUCGCAUACACUCCGAGGGAAGGAAUACACAUUGAAAUCCGCGGCCUCGGAUUCUCGCUACACCCUUCGUCGUUCGCCCAGCCAACAUGGAUCAGCAUUCGGUUGACAGAGCUGAAGGUUACCGUGGACUCGACGACUCUGGGGCAAGGAAAACGCGAAGUGGCCCGCGACAUAUUGGAGACUCCUGGGCCCCCUAAACCGUCCGAAGACUGCGCCGCGCCCGAAAAUGGCGGAAGAAGCAAAACAUGGAGGACGUUAACACGAAUCAAGGAAAGUGUCAAGCGGCUACACCGGCAGAUCAAUUGGUUGGCUCUUGUGGACCUGACUGCUAUCGACACAACUGUUCACUUCGUCAAUGCCGGUCAGAUCCAGGUUGGAUCGCUUUCCCUUUCAGUCGACACGCGGAGUAAGAUGGUGGAACGGGGAAAGCUAUUUCGUCGCAAGAAGGAUAUGUCGCGAGACCAGCGUCCAGCCGAGUGGAUUAUGAAUGUGAAAAAUGUUUUACUCAAUGUCGACGGCCGGGAGCCAACCGAAAUAUUGGAUAAUGUGGGCGUGAACCUCCAUGGACUUCUUCACAAGGAUUUGGACGGACUGAGAGACGCCUCGGUGGCCCUUAAGAUUGGACGUAUGCAUAUUCCAUAUGACGAUCUCCGCACGCUGUUGCAGCGCAUCAAGCCGGUCAAGUCUGCACAAGGGCCAGGGGAUACUGAGACCGAUGACGAGAUGUCAUUUGCCGAUUUUGUGGACGAACUCGACAAGCCUGGAAGCAGAGACAAUUCCAUUGUACAGACGGUGGCGGACUCAAAGGAGUUUGCAAGUUCAUUACUCCGCGGUAUACAGGAGAUCCAGAUCGCUCUGAGCUUCUUCCGUGUCUCAAAGGGUAUCCAGUCUCUGUCCGCAGGACAAAAACCCGUGUAUCUGAAUGUGGUAUCGCAUGAGCUUGGAAUUGAUCUUCAUCGGAUGGAUCCAAAGAGCCCGGAGCAUCGCAUGUAUUUCCAGCGGAAGGAUGUUGCCCACCAGGCUCUUCUUGCUGCUAUCUCUCUUUCAGUCAGCUUAGCCGACGAAUCCGGCGAGAGUGAUGACAUUCUAUACAUCCCCAUGGCUACGACAACUAUCAAGACCACACUGCCCUCGAAGACCGUGAGCGCCUUUGAUGAUGAGAACGCCGAAGAGCGAAACACAAAUGUCCUGUUCGCGAAUUUGGUUGUCACAUCACCCUCGGUAGAUCUCCAACCGCAACAUGUUUCGAGGCUGCUCAAACUGGCACAAAGUCGAGCCUCUUCUCCUCGAGCGAAGAAGCGAGAUAAUCAUCGAUUGAUUUCUCGAUUACUCCCAAAGGCAAGCAUUAAGCUUUCUGUACACGAACCCGUGAUCCGGUUUGUUCUCCCAAUCGAGAAAGAGUCUGGUACUCCCGAUGAUUACAACCUUCUUAUCUCCUCUAUCUCCUCCAUUUCACUCGAUAUCGAAUCGUCUCAUUCAUCUGAAGGCGGUGCCCACUAUUCCCUAUCUUCCAUUUACCGGGUUGCCUCCCACAAGUUUUAUUACCAGACCCCCGCAGGCAACAAACAUAAUUUGCUCACAAACGAGAAUUUGGAGCUCAAGGUCCACCUGAAUGCUACCCCGGAGGUCUGUGUAAUCGUCUCAGGAAGCCUUAACGAGAUUUCAGUCCACAUGAUUGAUGGAGAGGUAAACCGUGGAAUCCGCGAAGUUUUGCAGCAGUUCAUCACCCAGAUGCAAUCACAGAAGCGGUUUGAAGCCACAGGGUCCAGCGUGGAAAUCGCUGGCGUGGACAGCACCGUAUCUGAUAUAUCUCGCGGUGUCUCUUUGCAGCUACAGUCGUGGACAGCGGAAUACAAAGCUCAGAAAACGGAGAAAAACGUCGGAAGCAUUGCUAGGCGCCGUACUCCCAGCCAUUCCACCAUUGGCGAUGAGUCUCCCUUUCGAUUUCCCCCAACCUCACCUCCCAAGGCCACUCACACUCAACGCGGCGCUUCAGAUGGCCGGCGACUGGCUCUCCAUGCGCGUGGUUUCGAUGGCUUUGUCAUUGAAUCAGAAGAUUAUUUGGAACCAGAGCCAUUCUUCACUUUGCCCCGAUUUGAGAUCGCUCUCAGCACACACAGUGAUCGCCUUGGUCCGAUCCUGCAUGUCACCUCUGUGUUCAAGGGCAUAUACCUUCAGUACUCACUGUACCGGUUCUACUGCCUUGGCGUUGCCGUCUCCGUGAUCCAAGACGUGCUCACACCCUUCCCGCUAAAGCACUCGCAGUCUGCUGAAAGCAAGUCCAGGGCGGCUGCAAGCAUAUCGCUUCCGCCGCCUCCGGCGUACAAAUGGUCCCCCAAGAAGGAGCUGGUCACCUACGACAUGAAGGCAACAGUUGUGCAGCUUAAGGCGAACUUGCCGAACGAUCCUCAAAUAAUGAUUCAGAUCUACGGACUUGCCGGUGCUUCCCAACGUCUUUCCACUCCCUAUGUCAAGGCCAACCUUGUUCGUUUCCAUGCAGAGGCACCUAAGCUCAAGGGGGUUUGGGCAAGAAUCGGCAGUAUGAACAAUGUCAGGCUGGACUUCCGAAAGAUGAAGAUGAAACAUGGCAACACUUUGGUUGAAGAAAAAUCGAUUGAUAUAUGGACAGACUUCAUCCGAAUUGGUGCCUUCAAGCAGCUGCAUAAUCGCUUCAAAAAUGGUUGCAGAGAAUUUGCUUCCAAGAGAGAGCCAGAAGCCCCGAAGAAGGUGCCCAAGAUAUCUCUUCGCAGCAAAGCGUUGCUCUUUGAGCUGGAGGACGAUGGUUUUGAGUGGAAACUGGGCUGCAUCUAUCGACUCGGCCUAGCUGAGCAGAUUCAGCGACUGGCCCGCGAAGACGCCUUCGACCUGAAAUCCCACAAAGUCAGGGAAUCUGACCAGCGGCGCGCCACAUCCCGAUUACGAGCCAAAUCAAGCCAUCGGACCUUGCGAAGCGAGCGAACUAGCCAAGACACAAGGCGAAGCAGGAGUGCUGAUGAACGGCCGAGAUCUAACAACCAGGAACGUGGGAGAGGUCGGAAAUACCGCUAUGAUACCGAUGGCGCGACCUGUCUCUCAUCAGAGCAAAAGAUAUCUGUGGAUGCCGCUUGGGGCCGACUUCAACAGUACAAUGCUCAAGUCUGGAAAGAAAAGAUUGAUGCGGCUCUCAUGUUCCAGGGCACUUCCAUCAAACAAGUCCGAAAUCUCUUCUCUGGUGCAGAUGAACCUCCUCCGGAUGUGAAGGAGACCGAAACCAUUCUUGCCAUUCCGAACAGACCGGGUCUGAUGUCAGCUUUGAUCAGCGAUGUCAACCUUGUUAUUGACAAGCCCUCAUUCCCUAUCGAUGAGUUCCCGAGUUACUUGAACCGAAUCGGAAAGGGAAUGCCCAUGUCUAUGCAAUAUGGCCUGGUCGUCCCAAUGAGCUUCAACCUGGAAAUGGGUGAAGCACGCGUCAACUUGCGAGAUUAUCCUCUAGAUCUGUUGCAUAUUCCAGCCCUGCGCCCAGGGCAGUCUCCAAGACUUCCCAGCUGGUCUUUGCGCACAAACUUCGUCAUUGCAGAAGAAUGGCGUGACCAUGAAUCCGCGAGGCAGGUCGAAGUGGAACUCGUUCCUGCAUCUGAAGGGCCCGACGGGUCUCCCCGCGAUGCGUUCAAUAUCCAAGUAUGGCGUUCUGUUACACCAGUUAAGACAUAUUCAGACCCUGUCAUCGAGAUAAACACAAGUUUGCCGACUAGCAUUUCAUGGGGUGUCUCCUACCAGCCUGUCAUUCAAGAUAUGAUGAAAAUCUUUGAGGGCUUCACCAAACCUGAAAUCGAUCCCUCGGAGCGUGUGGGCUUCUGGGACAAGAUCCGACUCAGCUUUCAUUCCCGGAUCAAGGUUCUCUGGAAGGAAGAUGGCGAUGUGCAUCUGCGGCUUAAGGGCUCUCGUGAUCCAUAUGUGGUGACCGGCUUUGGAAGCGGAUUUGUCAUGUGCUGGCGCAGAGAUGUCCGAUUGGAUGUUAACACCAGUGACAACCCCAUGGAAUUCAUGACUGUCACGAGUGCCGAAUACGUGCUUGCUAUUCCCGACUACAGUGCCGAAGCACGUUGUGCAAAUGAAGCGACUACAGAGGAGCUGGACAACAGUUCUGCGUCCAGCGAGCAGAAGAACGCUGCCCACUUCAAGAAGGUUGUCAUGAAGCUCUCUGGCGAUGUCAAAUGGGCAGCAGGUCUCGUCUUCGAGCGGGAUGUUGACAAUGAUGAAAGGUCCUUCUCUUUCAAACCCCAUUAUGAGGUCAUCCUCAAGAACCCUAAGUUCCUCAAACCAUCUGAGCGGGCUGGUUACGACGCUUAUCGUGGCUUCAGGAGUGACCACAUCCACCUUUCUGUCUCGAUUAUUGCACCGCAGAACAGAGACUGGACUGUCGACACUGUCCAACCAUCUUCGAGCUACAACACAAUCCAUCUCACCCCGCGAUUCUUCACCCACUUCUUCAAUUGGUGGUCUCUUUUCUCGGGUGUGAUGUCGCUUCCUGUUCGCCAAGGACCUCUCUGGCCAGGAGUCACAAAGACGAGCAAGAAGUUCAACCGUCAUUUGGCAACUGUCAAAUACAAGAUCCUUCUCGCACCCCUGUUCGUGGCCCACAUAUACAAACACAAGGACCGCGAAGAUUACGCGGAAAGAGUUGUUACAGCUACGGGCCUGAAGGUUCGCCUUGAUUGCUUGAAACUUGAUAUUCAUCAACGCCGCGAGCAGAUCAAAACACAAGCCGGAGGCCGUUCAAAACAAACUAGGACAAGCGCGAUGCGUAUUAACCAAGCCCAAAUUGAUAUGCAAUCGGCAGACUUCCGCGCAGUGUCCGCCAGCAUCGAAGGCACCACGCCGGAGGAUGUUGAGCGCAACAGAGACGAUAUCCUCUCUUCCUUCCAACAGCCUGUUCCAUCAGUUGACUUGUCUCGGUUCACGAUCCCUGACCAAAACCUGGACUGGGUCGACAUGGAUGAUUUUGUGGAGCCGGACUGGAUCCUUCCACAGGAGUCGAACCCUCGUACACAGAUAUUACCUCUGGCCUUUACCCCGCGCUUUACCUACUUCCGUAACACAGAUCAUGGCGACAUUGGACCCGACGAAACGGGGUACAGCACGUUUGGACACGAACCGACUCACGAGUGUGUCAUGUCGGAAACUAACGAUCCUCGCCGUGUCCAGAUCGAGUUGGUCAAAGACCGCCUUGCAACAGUCGAGGCACAAAUUCGCAAUUAUGAACGCACCAUUGGGGAAAUGGAACUCAAGCUCAUGAGAGAUGUUGACAACAACGAAGGCUUGAAAGCUGAGCACGAGUUAUUCCUUCGCCAGUCAGAGUCGCUGGCGAGACGACGCAGGUUUUUGACCACAACUCUCCACCGUCUUGAGAGACACAUCGCACGCGACGAGCGGACGCCACAUGGCGACACACUUGGCAAAAACGUUGCACCCAGCACUGCUUCUUUCCGGACAGGACGAACAGGUCGUGAUGCUGAUUCCACAACCGAUGGCCGUUCUUCAGGCCUGGAUGGAAUGUACUCCUCGGCCAACGAUGAGUUCUCCAGUGAUUUCAACAAUCGUUUCAUGAUCCACAACGUGCAGCUGAAAUGGAACAACUCCCUCCGCAACAUCGUCUUGCGGUACAGCCACCAAGUGAGCCAGCGGCGUGGAUUUAUUUACUAUAUGUCUCGCCGAGCUGUCAAAUUCAUCAUUGAUAUCGUGGAGGAGCAGGACAGGAACAAGCGCAAGCAGCCUAAAAUGUCUAAGACGCACACCCGAAGCUCGAACAACGAUGAAGACGAGGAGGAGGUCGAUGAACGCGUCGCACAGUUGCUGAAUGAUGGCAAGCGCUACGUGAAUGCCGACGGGAACGAGCCACCGGACUCGAACACCCAACCAAGUCCAAACACCCAAUCAAGUCCGAACGCCGAGUCGCCUUCCAACUCGGACAGUUCGAGUGAGAAUACCAUGCCGGAGUUCACUCCCCAGAACAGUUAUCACUUGCGUCUCAUUGCGCCUCAAAUCCAGCUUCUCAGUGAAAAGAACCAGAAGUCGGUCUUGCUUGUUGCUGCUAAAGGCAUGGAACUCAAGGUUGUCUCAAUCAUGGACAAAGCGCGUGUCUCGGACGAUGUCAGCGGCUUGAUACGGCGCCGUUUCUCCCUCGAAAUGGACGGUGCCCAGUUCUUCGUUGCAACACAGAAGAAAUUGAUGGCGAACUUGCAAUUUUAUGCGGGCAAUAAGUACGGAAAUGCACCUGGAUCAGCGUGGCCGCCGUGGUUGACUUUGGAAGCCAUGUUCGAUUUCGAGUUGAAUCCGUUUGGAUUCUCUCGUAUUGUGCAAAAGACUUCUGCCACCCUGCGUUACGACAAGUUCAACAACCUCCGCCUCAAGUAUAACGAAGAGGUGGUAAAGGGUCAGCAAGGGCCUGAUCCUGACGAUCAGGAAGACCGCAUAGACUCGAUCAGCGUGGACUUCCCUCAUUUCCGUGCGAUUUGUGAUUCUGCAGAGUACUAUUCCAUGUAUAUCAUUGUCCUGGAUCUCAUGCUCUACAGCGAGCCACUCGAAAAGGUCCGAAAUGAGCGUUUGGAGAGGAUUAUGCUCACUUCCGACUUCAGUGACCUUCGUGGCGUCCCGGAAAUGGUGUUCAAGCUUCAAGCGCGCAUUCGCCAGUUGGAGGAAAUCAAAGAGUACUUCCAGAUUAAUGCUAAAUUCCUGGACAAACAGGGCUGGGAGGAUCGGCUCGCUCUCGAACGCGACUUGUCUUUAUGCGAGGAUGAACUUUUCUUCAUGAUGAAGGCAAUCACAACUUCUCAACGGCGAAUGGAACCAAGUUCGUCUAGAGCAGCCGGAGUCCAUGGCUUACUACGCUGGAGCAUAUCGGCGAGUGAGGUCGUGUGGCACCUGAUGAAGGAGCCUUCUGAGCCGUUGAUUGAGUUCCAGCUGCGCAAUGCUUCAUACGAACGAACCGACAAUGCUGAUGGCUCGAACCACAACCUGGUAUCCAUCGAGCGACUAUUCGGGUUGAACUUACUUCCAGACGCUAUCUACCCUCAAAUUAUCGCACCUUAUCUCGACGGCGCACGCACCCUGGAUGACUUCAUGUUGCGUGUCAAAUGGCACAUGCUGGAGGCCGUUGCCGGUAUCCCCGUGCUUGACAACUUCGAAGUUUCAUUGUUCCCGCUCAAGAUUCAGCUCGAACGCGAGCUUGGUCAGAAAGUCUUUGAAUACAUCUUCCCCAACGUGGGCUCUAGCGCCUUUGAGGCCGGUGGCUUCUCGCCUUUCAUGAUCAAGAACAUGAAGCCGCUUGAGAGCUCGGAUGAGGAAGACGAUGACGAAGGCUCAAAUGGCGCGCCACUGACACGCUCAACGAGUACCGACGGUGAUACCUCGUCUAUGGACAGUCUUGCCAUCUCCAAGGGACCGGGUUCCAUCGAACUGCGACUCCAGCCUACUCUGUCGCUUUCAGAUGAGACCAAGUCGCGUAAUCGCUCAGGCCAUCUGAAGGGACUUGUGAUGACACCUAUCCACCAGGAUAGUAACCGACUGGGUGUAUCAGAGACCGCUCGCAAAACAGGCCGUCCCGCUACAACUGGUGGUCUUAGCAAAAAGAAGUCUGCUGAUAGUCUGCGCAUGUUGACUAAACAGCCCACUGAAAGAUCGGUGUCUAGCCACAGUGCUAGCGAAGACAGUCGCAAGAAGUUCGGAAUGGUUAAAGGGUCCAACAAGGGCGGUAAAUCCAAAGAGCCAACUGACGACCUGUCUCAGAUGAUCUCCCGUGCCUCCAACUUCAUGACUCUCGCACGUGUGAAGGUAAAUGAUGUGGUUCUCUGCAUGAGCUACAAGGGCAAAGGAGAGCACAACUUAGAGGAUCUCCAUGACUUCGUCUUCCGCCUUCCAGUUCUGGAGUACAGCAACAAGACAUGGUCGAACCUGGAUCUUGCCCUGCGCCUCAAGAAAGACGUGAUCAAAGCCCUUAUCUCGCACGCCCCCGCCAUCCUUGGCAACAAGUUCUCCCACCACCGACCCUCGAAGCAGCAACAGAAGCGUUUCCGUGAGCUUGCAUCAUCGUCUCAACUCCUGUCAAAUACAUCCAACUUGAUCAACCCGAGCAGUAGCCAAGCCCAGAGUCUGGCCAGCUACGACUCUAAUAGCGAUUACUCAGAGUCACGCUCGCGCAAAUCUAUGCAGUCGAAUGCCUCGCCACUGGCUAGGACUACCUCGUUGGGUUCAGACAUCCACGGCACAAAUUAUUCAGAUCCCACUAUCCAUGAUGUACGCUCCCCCAGUGAGGUGGAUGUGGAUUCUCGCUGGGAGGCAUCGCGUCGAUUUGUCAAUGCUCCUCCACCCUCAAGACCGAUGACCUCUGGCCAAACCGUGACUACGAUCCGAGCCGACAAGAAUGAUCAGGAUGACAGUCACAUCAAAACAAUUCGCAGCAUCGGCCGGAAGCUGACAUUCCGGAAAUGA